AUGUCGGCGAUAUCGCUGCAGGAGGAGGAGCUGAUGCAGAAGAGCGCGCGCGCCAUGCAGAACGCAACGGACCCGCUGGAGAAACUGCGACUGCUGUGCCUCUCACGCGGUGCCUGUGGCAUCAUGCGGCUUGGCAGGUUCCUCAGAAAAAUAGACGUUGAUGACAGCAAUCAGUUGCAUAAGGAAGAAUUUGUAGAAAAGCUCAAAGAAAGUGGUUUGGAACUUGACGAAAAGGAAGCCGAAGACUUGUUCAUGAUGUUUGACACUGACAACAGCGGGACCAUGAGCUUGGAUGAAUUCAUCAGGCAAAUUCGUCCCCCAAUGUCGGAAUCCCGUCGCUCCAUAGUGGAGCAAGCGUUCAGAAAGCUGGACAAGUUAAAUGAUGGACAUAUCACUAUCGACGAAAUACGCGGAGUCUACUCUGUCAACGCUAGCCCAAGCAAAAUUGCUACAAGUGGUCCCUAUAAGGCCCUAAUAGAAACUUUGAUAAAAUUCAAAAUAAAUAAACAAAAUAGUCUCUCCUUUUCAUUUGGUAUAGAGUAUGACAACGAUACCCUGUUGAAAAGUUUAGGUUUAGAGAGUCGUGCCAGAAUCGACACAAUUGACGGGGUAAAGGUUCUAUCCAUUCUGGCUAGAGCUCCUCAGUACCAAGGCGAGUGUUCUGAAGACUUAUUCUCUCUUAUUCCACCUUCCCCUUCCCUUCAGAGGACCACGCGCGCUGCCCUACGUUGUCACCGUCUAACUGCUGCUCACAAUUCCAACGCGUACAAUGAAAUUUGCACUCAUUUCUUUGUCGCUCUAUCCGUAAAUGGAAUGCUCCGUCUGUCCGUUCACGUGUUCCCUACUUCUUACAACCUGGGAUUCUUUAAAAGAGGCGUGAAGAAGCAACAUGCAGAGCAGCAAGCUGGGGAUGGCUGGUGUGGCAGUUAGAACUGCUGUACCAGCUAUGUUCACGUCUGGACUUUAUCGUCACUUAA